CCUGGGAGACAGAGCAAGACUCCAUCUCAAAAAAAAAAUUAAUUAAUUUAAUACAAUUGAAUUUAUUUUUGAGUACUCAUUUAAUAUAGUAAACACCUACAGCUUGAAAAGCUGUCAAAUAAGUUCCUUAGAAAUUGUUUUACAGCCUACCCAUAUAUUACAAGAAAUCUCACGUCAAACACUGGAAGAGAUGUCAGAAGAUUCAGAAAAAGAAGACUAUUCAGAUGGAACAAUCAGUGAUGAAGACGAAUCGGAUGAGGAUAUGUUCAUGAAAUUUGUAAAUGAAGAUCUUCAUCAAUGUGCACUUUUAUCAGCCAACUCUUUUGGUGAUCCCUUCUUCCCCCGGACUACACAGAUACUAUUAGAAUAUCAGCUAGGGAGAUGGGUGCCACGUCUUCGUGAACCACGGGAUUUAUAUGGUGUCUCUUCUUCUGGUCCACUGAGCCCAACACGGUGGCCAUACCAUUGUGAAGUCAUCGAUGAAAAAGUCCAGCAUAUUGGUAUGUUUGUAGCAGUUUGGGAGAUUUAGACAUUAGCAAACUUACUUUGCCAACCUUGAUUUUAAUGAGGAGACUCACAAUGUUAGAAAACAGUACAUUAUGACAGAAAUAUAAGCCACAUAUGUAAUUAUAAAUUUGCUUGUAACCACAUUUAAAGAGGUAAAAAGAAGAAAACGAAAUUAACUUUAAAAAUGUAUUUUAUUUAACCCAAAUAUAUCCAAAAUAUUUCAUAUUCUUCCUGCAUAAGAAUGUGAAAUAUUUUUGUCCAAAGUCUUCAGAAAUCUGGCGUGCAUUUAUAUUUACAGACAUUUGAGUUGAAAUCAGCCACAUUCGAAGUGUUCAGUAGCUACAUGGGCUUAAAUGGAGGCACUUAUAGCAUUUAUUUGGCUCCUGAAGCUUUACUAAUUCUAAACAAUUCCAAAGGGCAUGACGGUGUCCAAGGCAGUCAAACUCAGACACAGAGUGAAGUCACAGAUGGAGACUAUGCAGAAUGUCUGUGAGCUGUAGUCCUGCUCUUUGUGGCUCCCUGUCUCUUUCUCCUUAUCUCCUCCUUAUAUGUCUGUCUUCUCCUU